AACGAAUAAAAUUAUAAAUUUACUUUUUAACUAUUAUCUACGAAAACUUGUAGGAGAUUUUCUUAUCUACAAUAUGACGUGUAAGACGAAUGAACAAGUUGAGAAGUAACAGCAAUGAUUAUAAAUACUAACAGACAGUUUCGUUUUAUCUCUUGAACGUGUACAUCAAUAACAUUUAAACGGACGUAUUAAGAAGUAUUUCAUUUAAUUUAAUUCGACUGAAAGAAAUCUUGUUAGUGCAUCCUUCACGAGUUAUCCUUUACGAAUUAUUUUCUAUAUCUUUUUUGAAUACAAGUAUUUCAAUUUGAUUUUCAAACAUUCAAUAAUGAAAUCUUUGGUAAGAAUGGCACUUGGAAGUUUUCGCGUUUCGUCUGCAUCCAAUUUGUUAAAAAUUCGUAAACAAACAUUGCAGUAUCCAAAAAGUAUUACAUCCCAGCAAGUAUUUGAACGGGAGUCGAAAUAUGGCGCACACAAUUAUCAUCCUUUAACAGUAGCCCUUUGUAAAGGUGAAGGAGUUUACAUGUGGGAUGUCGAGGGAAAAAGAUAUUACGAUUUUUUAAGCGCUUAUUCGGCUGUCAAUCAAGGCCAUUGUCAUCCAAGGAUUUACAAAACAAUGAUGGAACAAGCAAAACUUUUAACGCUCGCUUCUAGAGCUUUUUACACAGACGUUUUAGGUGAAUUCGAGGAAUACAUUACCAAAUUGUUCGGAUAUGACAAAUGGUUGCCAAUGAAUACUGGAGUAGAGGGAGGAGAAAUUGCAUGUAAAUUAGCACGAAGAUGGGGAUACACGGUUAAAAAGAUACCGCAAUAUCAAGGAAAAAUUAUUUUCGCGGAAGGUAAUUUUUGGGGGAGAACAAUGAGUGCAAUAUCUUCGAGUACUGAUCCCAGUAGUUAUAGUGGGUUUGGUCCAUUCAUGCCGGGUUUUGAGUUAGUACCGUACGAUAAUUUGGUUGCUCUUGAAGAAGCACUUGCUGACCCUAACGUUUGUGCAUUUAUGGUUGAACCUAUUCAAGGUGAAGCAGGGGUUGUAGUACCGCAGAACGGUUACCUGAAAGGUGUUAGAGAACUUUGUACCAAAUAUAACGUUCUAUGGAUAGCGGACGAAGUUCAAACAGGCUUAGGAAGAACAGGGAAACGAUUGGCUGUCGAUCACGAGAACGUAAAACCUGAUAUACUGAUUCUUGGAAAGGCAUUAUCGGGUGGAUUUUAUCCGGUAUCGGGUAUCUUAGCAAACGAUUCUAUAAUGUUGACCAUAAAACCUGGGGAGCAUGGUUCAACUUACGGUGGUAAUCCUUUGGGUUGUAAAGUAGCAUUGGAAGCUUUGCAAGUACUCGAGGAUGAAAAAUUAGCGGACAAUGCUGAAAAACUUGGUCAAGUUUUGAGAAAUGAACUUGAUAAACUUCCUAAAGAUAUUGUCACGUUGGUCAGAGGCAAGGGAUUGUUGAACGCUAUUGUAAUUAAUAAAAAAAUCGAUGCUAUGGAUAUAUGUAUGAAAUUAAAGGAUGAGGGUCUUCUAGCUAAACCAACGCACGGUCAUAUCAUUAGACUGGCACCACCUUUGGUUAUCACUGAACCACAGAUAAAAGAGUGUUCAGAAAUUAUUUCACGAACGAUACUCAAGUUCCAACAGUAAUCUAUCUUCUUCUUUAUUUUUUGUAGUUUUUUAAAUAAUAGGUCAUACUUUGGAACUAUUUGUACAAACGCUCACACACAUGCACACUUAUUAUAUAUAAUUUGUAAUAUAGUUGGAUGAAACGAA